AAGAAAAAUAUAAUUUUCUUUAACCAUUUCAAGUUUCUUGCGGGCAAACAUCUUUAAGCCAGACCGUGACAUUUAAAAAAUGAAUUUGUAAUCUAUGGUAGGAAAAGUCUAUGGCCAUAACCUAAAAGCGUCUCGUACCUCUGAAAAAACAAUAUUUAAUUUUAUAGAAUUGAAAUACCAAUUACCAUUGGAUAUUCUAAUUGUGGUUUUGGAACCGACAUUGUAAUUGAUAACAUUAAAUGUCGUUUCUUUCUUACAGAGAAACUCAAUUGUGUUAUUUUGACUGUGUCGUCCAAAUCACAAAGUAUAUUGGAAAUCAUCUUAUAAAACGACAUUUAUUGUCAAAAAUAUGGAAAAGUUGAAAUUUACAUUCGAAGUGAAACCAUCAACAGACGGAAAAUCCAACUAUAUUGCUGUAACCUCAAUUACGACACAAGAUGACAAAGUCUUCCUUAUUCCUGAAGAGUAUCAAGCAGUAUCACUACACAAACACAUCCAAACUUCGAAAACCUUCACUACAGUGAAAAAUACGUUGAAAAAAAGAUAUCAAUCCAGAGGUGUUUGGAUAAAAAUGACAGAGGGUAUAUUACAAACCUACAUGGAUGAGGAUGAUAACAUGAUUUUUCAAGACCAGCUUCUAGAGGAAACUACCCAAGAACAAUUGGCUAUUGCUAGUAAAAAGUGUUCAGAAGAUCCUAUUGUGAAAAUUCUGGAAAAAUUAGUGGAAGGUCAACAAAACAGAGAAAAGCAAAGUAUAAAAAAGUUAGCAGACAGGUUUGUAAUAGAAAAGUUUGACGGGAAAAACUCAAGUGCAUAUCAGUGGAUGUCCGUAUUUGAAAAAGAAUGUGAAAGAUUCAAUAUUACACAAGAUGAAGAAAAAAUUGAAAUCUUCAGAUUAUUUCUUGAGAAAUCAUGCAAUGAUUGGUAUUCUUCUAUGAUGAUCAAGCUUGGUUUACAGUCCGAAUGGUCAGAAUGGAAAUCGAGUUUUUUGCAAACCUACGCCAGCAAAGGUUGGACUACUAGCAAGUAUGCUUUAUCUUUCAAGUAUCAAUCAGGAUCUUUAUUAGAAUAUGCAGUAAAAAAAGAGAAACUUUUACUAGAGGUAAGAAAGACAAUAGAUGAAGGGACCCUUAUCGAUAUAAUUGCUGCCGGCUUACCAGAUUUUAUCACAGAUAGAAUUAACAAAGAAGAAAUUGAACACACAAAACACUUGUUUAAUGCACUGGGCAGAUUGGAACAUUUGGUUACAAGAAAAAAAUUUAUUAAAAAAAGAGAAGAUACGAAACCGAUUAAAGAAAAAUGUGGUAUUUGUGAAAAAUUAAAGAAAGGCAUACGCUAUCAUUCAGAAGAUUCCUGCUGGUUUAAAACCAAAAUGAAUACUGAAAAGGAUAAAAAGCAAAUAAAGCUCAUCAACAAUUCGGAAUUGGAAUGUGAAUUACAGUGUGAAGACCAAAAAAACUAAUAGUGCCGCCAUUGAUCAAGAUAAAAUUAGUACUCAACAAAAAUGUUGAAGUAUUCGGGAUCUACGACUCAGGGUCUAAUGUCUCAUUGAUAAAUUCGAAGUUAUUAAAGAUAAAUAACAGUGAAACCAGACAUUCCAAAAAUACUAAUUUAAAAACGAUUAAUGGCGUUAAAAAGGCAAAUGGCAUAAUUACACUCGACAUAGCCAUAUUUGAUGUGGAAAAACAAAUGAAUGUUUUUGUAAUAGACAAAGAAAAUUUCGAUUACGAUUUUUUAGUGGGACUAGAUUGUAUAAAAGAGUUUCACUUAGUUCAAAAUGAAAACCUGGAAAUUACUCAGAAAAUACCUGUACAGAGUGAAAUAGUUUCUAAGGAAACAAAUAAACCAGACUCUAAGGAAGAAACAUCUAAUAAUUUAGUAAACUACAAUGAAGACAUCAGUGACGAAAAGUUCCAUAUUUGUAUAAAUCAUCUAGACUAUCAGAAGCAAGCUGUGAUUGAUGAAUUAAUAUCAGAAAAUAAAUCUGUGUUUGCAAAAGACAAAUAUGACAUAGGAAAGGUAACGGAUUAUGAAGCACACAUCGAUCUACUCAUAGAAAAAUAUUGCAGUAAAAGGCCGUAUCGCUGUACAAUUGAAGACAAAAAGGAGAUUGAAACCCAGAUUGCAAAAUUAUUGGAAAAUAAUAUAAUAGAAGAAUCAUAUAGCCCAUUCGCAGCACCAGUCACAUUGGCUUAUAAAAGAGAUGAGAAUAAAAGAUCAAGAUUGUGCAUCGAUUUUCGAGACUUGAAUAAAAUAGUUGUACCUCAAUCACAACCAUUUCCUCUAAUUGAGGACCUUAUAGUAAAAACAAGAGAUUGCAAGUAUUUCUCAACACUAGACCUAAAUUCAGCGUUUUG